AUGAGAACACGACCACCUGAUGCGCGAUUAUGGCUAUUCGGGACAGUAUUACUAUUUUUGCUUGGAAAAUCAUGGGCCCAAUACCCGUAUUCGUGGUCGAAGGGCAACGCGAGGCUGUGGUGCAAUAUUAGCAGCGUAGAUGGAGAUUGGCAGCAAGUCGGCACAUCGUGUUUCAUGAGUAACCCUGCGCAGCGCGUCCCGUUCGCCUCGUCGCUGUCGCUGUGCAAACGAACGAACAACACCUACCCGGCCCGGCUGGACAACUUCUUGGUCUUGCGCGCCAUGCUGAAGAUGCGGUUGUUCCAAGAGAGCACGAUGUGGACAGGCUACUCCACCAGCGACCUUCGCGAGUUGAGCAGCAUCUCGAUGGCCGGCAACUUCUCGGUGUUCAACCCGUCGUGGGCGUUCAGCCAGCCGACGCUGGGGGAGAGCGGCGAUUCGCGCUGUGUGGCCGUGACGGUUCGAAACUCGUCCGAGGUUUUACAAGAAACCCUUGAACAAAUCGGCUGGUCGCUGCGCAACUGCUCCGAGACGCUGCCCGUCCUUUGCGAGACGUUCGCCUGCAGAGAUGACGAGUGGCGCUGUGGCGACAAUUCAAGGUGCAUCCCCAAGUCGGCGGUCAACGACGGGUUUCGCGAUUGCGCCGACGGCAGCGACGAGGUUGAUUUGUCGACGAUAGACCUCGAGAAUUUGCCGGCUGGUUUUCAGGGGCGACGACGCUACCCGGUCAAUCGGACAAUCGUGCUUCGGGAUAAGGAGGGAAUUCUAGAAGUUUCCUUCGAGCAGCCACAAACCCGUAGAUGGCGCAUUGAUAACCCUGGCAGAAGUAGUGUGAUGCUCGUGAUUUCCGGCCAAAUCCCCAGCGGCUCGGUGCUGAACAUCUCCUCGUGCACGUCAGCCCAACUCUCGUUGGGCUCGGAUUUUCAGCUGCCGUUAAUCACCGCCUCGGCUGAUCCUUGUAUCCAGCUAGCGCUGGUCUCCUCUCGCCCGGCUUAUGGGUCGUUGCAGAUCAAAUAUUAUCGAGCCUGCCCUGCCUUCACCUCUUCCCCUUCCGGCACUGUCAUCCUCAACGGUCCAUUUGCCACCUCUACCCCAACCUGGCCCCCUGGCUCCGACCUGAGCCCAACAUAUCUGACCCCGGCCGUGCUCAGCUACUCGUUUGUCGUCGGGCCGAAGAGCCCCAGAGCUAUUAGUAUUCUUGUCGACGAGUUGAGGCUGGAUGAAACGACGAUAAUGACGAUCUCGUCACCAACCGGGGAAAGCCGUACGCUAAACGCUGGGUGUCUGCCCCUCUGCCAGUCGGCGAUGCACUUCUCCCAGUCGCCGUUAAAAUUCUUCAUCUCCAGCGCUUCUGGGAGAUUCGUCAUUAAACUACGGUAUUCGCAAGAAUGCCCCUCCCCGGAUAUUCCACGAGACGUCGAGGUGGACCCCGAAAUCCCGCACCGUACCCUCGGCUCUACCGUAACCGCCAGAUGCCCGGAUGGGAGAUUUCUUGCCGGCCCCGAGCAGAUCGAAUGCCUUUUUGGUGGCGUGUGGUCGGCAAGAAUCGGGGAAUGCGUCGAAACGUCAAUAUUCUGCCCGCUUCCUGUCGUCUCCAACGGAUAUCCCAUCGGUUACGAACGCAAUUUGUUGAUAGUCCAGGUGAUUAUAUGCUUGGUGGACGUUUUGACGCGUCGCGGUCACGAUGCGUUAGUGUCGUGCGAGAUUUGCGAAUUUGGAGAGCAAAUCGGCGAGGUUCGAUUCAACGUGUGGAGCGGAUGGGCGGUGGAUACCCGAGCCGGCGUGCAGUUCAGUGGAAUGCCCCCAGCCCGAGCUGAUGAUCAACAACAACACCCUGGUCAACACGACGGCGCCCGUCUGGCGAGUGCACAAUACGAAGCCACCAACAACGAGGUGUACCCAAAGGACCCGUGGCUACAGUGCACACGCAACGGCACGUGGGAGCAGUUCAAUUUUGACCAAAAAUCGAAGGCCUGCCCAAGGGUGUCCGUGCCAUUCGGGACGCUUGACUGGACGAGCUACGAGCACUACGGGGAACCCGUCUGCGCCAACGGGUUCGAGCCAACCCCGGAAGCGGCGUUUUGUCUCGAUGAUUGGCAAUAUCUGUGGCAACCGUGUAGAGCCAAAACCUACGACAGUUUCAUCUGCGGCCCGGGCGAGUGGGUCAAACUGGACGUCGGCUAUACGUGCGCGUGCCACGAGAAUUUUGAGUUUAACGGGACGACGUGCGUCGUAAUCGACGAGUGCGCGCGGAAGACGGACGCUUGCCAGCCGGGCGUCAGUAGAUGCGUGCCGCUUGCGGAAGGCGGCUACGAAUGCGCCUGUCUACUGCCAGACUACGAAAAACGAGGCCACGAAUGUGUUUUUAAAACGUGCCCCAUCGCUGCCCUUCCGAAGCCUGACAAUCACAAGCGUCAAGGCCAAUUCUACCUAUCCGACCCGAAUCGCCAGUAUUUCUUCGUGAAAACUACGGUGGCGAUGUACAUCAGCGCGUGGAGCAACACGCAUCAGGUGCUCAGCCCGGCCUACCGCUCAGUGUGGCAGUGUGUCAACAGUGGAACGGAAGCUGUGUGGCAGCUCAUUGAGGGGACCGUGACGACGUACGAUGAUAUUAAGUGUAGCGGAAAAGCCGCCUGCGACUGCUCGUUUGUGCCCGGUUUCGAAGGCCCGACCUGUUCGGACGUGACGAAGUAUUGCCGCGGAAUUGAUCCAUGCGUCCCCGAAAAUACGCAGAAUUGCGACCUCUGCACCGAUCCGAAAAAAGGCUGCGACACGGCCGUCUGCGAGAACGAGGGAAUGUGCCUGAACGUAUACGGCGAAGACGACGAGCAGAAUCACGUCUGCUCGUGUACGGCGACUUGGGCAGGGGCAAACUGCUCCAACAGUAUCUCGUACUGUCGCCUGUCACCGUGUCUAAAUGGUGGAGACUGUACGGACGACGUGAUGAGCGGUUAUAUCUGUUCCUGCCCGAGGCGUAAUUUGGAGCAUUAUGGAAUGGAAGCUUGCGGGAUCGGCACCCUCUGCCUUAACGGUGGCACGUGCACCAAUGAAACGUCAUUAGACGAAGUCCGAGGGAUCUGCCAAUGCCCCGUCGGCUUCAGCGGCCAAUAUUGUGAGAAUGCCAAGGACUCCAAGCUCAGCUUCAACCUCGACUUCAACGGAAUCCCUAGCCCGCAGCCGAUCGUCUCCACCAAAGUCAAGCUCAGCUUUUUGAGAGAAUUCACGCUUUGUGGUUGGGUACGGUACCGCCCAACACCAGGAGCGGGGGAGGAGCAACCUCCGUUUUUGAGCCUGAUCCUGGACCAAAGUGACACGGAAUUCCUGUCGAUCAGCAAUCGGGGGAUCACGCUCAAUGGGACGCGAGCACUUCAAUUUGAAGCUGAGCCGAAUUUAUGGAAACAUGAUGGCCAAAUGGUAAACCGUACGAAUUUCCCGGCGGUGACGACGACCAGUGACGGCAAUUUCUACAUUCAACUCGCCCGACCCCAACCCGGAAGGGCCCCUUUUAUAGGGGACAUCGGCUACGUGACUUUCGACUACACCCGAACCGACGACCAGGAGAUCAAGCAGCUCGCGUUCAACUGCACACUGUCAAAGGACGCCUCGCUAAUUCAAUGGCCCGAAAACUACACACGAAUCGACGAUUCAAACCCGGGCGUCACGAAGAGUUACCCUGGGAUAUGUGCGGCUCCGCAACGAGACUGUAGACAGAAUGACCGGAAUUGUACAACGAAAGACAAAAUCCCGCCGACCAUCGUAUCAUGCCCCCAGGAUAUGCGAAUCGUCAGCAGCCAGCGGCUCGUCCAGGUGAAUUGGACGGCACAAUUCGAGGACAACGUGGCCGUCGUCAGAAUCGAGGCCAACUAUCGUUCCGGUCAAAUAUUUUCAUGGGGCAUGUACGCAAUUCUGAUCACCGCCUACGACGCGAACGAAAAUUCGGUGACUUGCCAAUUUAAGGUUACGGUAGCGCCGAAUGAGUGUGGCGGUGUGAUAUCACCUGAGAAUGGGCGAUCGACGAUGCGAGAUGUGAAUGGGACCGAUGCGAUCAAGGCCGUGUUCGUCAAUUGUACAGCCGAGUACUACCCACCGAUUCGGCCGAGUUUUUAUUUGUGCGAUUCACUGGGCCAAUGGGACCGGUGGCAUGGCAUGUUGCCAGGAGCAGAAUUCCAAAUUCCGGAUUGUGGUCGGACCGAGACAUCGAACCAGCAAAUGAACGGCAAUAUAACGACGACUGGGGACUGUAAGAAUGGAUAUCAGGAUGUAUCGAAUGCCUUGGAUCAGUACUGCGACUCGGUUCGAGCCACAGCAGCAGAAUGCUCGUACUACGUCUCCAAUCCGUGUCAACCACUCCUUGGAGAUCGUGAAAAGCGACAGGUGGAUGAAGGAGUUGAACAAGUUGUGGCCGACGUCAACAAGUACGACUUCAACGUCACCGUCAACGACACAUUUGUCUACUCCGUUCCCGGGCUUCGGGCCGCUUUGGAGAACGCUACGUCGGACGCCCGAAUGACGCUUGACGAAGAGAUCGGAUGCCCGGAUGAAUUCCCAAUCAAGACGCUGGAUGUGGCCACCCAAAAGGUUUCCUGCGCCAGCUGCGGCCGAUGCCAAAAACCUAAAAGCGUCCAGGUCAACGGCCAACAACAAGACGUCUGCGAUUGCCUAUGCCCGCUCGGGUCAUACUGUAGCGACGAUACGUGCACUGAGUGCCCGGCCAACUACACGACAUACAAUUGUCACAGCUCCGGGCACGGGGAGGCCGAUUGUCAGAUAAUCUGCGGUCCCGGGUUGAUGGUGCGCGACUCGGACAACUGCGAGCCGUGCCCACGGGGGACGUUCAGUGAUCAUGUGUCGGCUAUUUGUGAUCAGUGUCCGGUCGGGGCUACUACGAAUCAUACGGGCGCCACCAGCGAGUCAGAAUGCUUCUUCUGCGCGGCGGGGAUGAAGCUGGACGUGGAUGAGGAGUGCGUGGCGUGCCCAAAGGGGACUUAUAAGACGGAGCAGGACGGUUCCGGGUGUACGCAGUGUCCACACGGAGGCGUAUGGGAGUAUACGACACCAGAAGAGGGUUCCACCCUGCUGGCCAACUGCAGCUUACUGGCAAAGUGCCCCCAGGACGAGCACCCAAUUUCCGAUGACCCCCUGAUUUACGUGAAUCCCACGCACGCCAUCGCGGAGUACUGUACAAAGUGUCCGUUCGGGACGACGACUGAAGCUCGGAAUUGCGCCCCGUUGAAGUGCUGCAACUGCACGACGCUGGCCACUUGCUCAAACGUACAAUGUACACCUGGCUCCACCCGCGUCUCGCAGCAAUGCGCUGAAAAUCUGGAAUGCGACGAGGCGACCUACACGUGCAAGGAGAAGUCCAGUACGCACACUAAUGAAAAGCACUCCCCAAGUCGGUGGUGGAUAGGUGUACUUGUUGGAGUUGGAGCCGUCUGCUUGGCCGCUGCUGCCUUGUUUGCACUUGUUUGGUAUCGAAGCAGCUUCAACCAGUUCAUCUGCUGCGGUAAGGGACGCAACAAGGAGAUGAUCUCCACACAGUAUCAACGUCGAGAACCGAACGUUCAGGCACCAAGGCUCGUGCUCAGCGAUGGAAACACGUCUGCUGCUCCUGCCACAUCGCCGCUACCGGUACGCUUUAAGCCGAGGAGAAUGAAUUCUCGGGAAAUCAUCACUACCGAUUUGAACCCGCAGCCAUAUGUGGAUUAUGCUGAGCAACAACAAACGCAACCCCCAAUAACGACACAUCUGCCUAAUCGACCUCCAUCUACGCAGACGUCGGUGCGGUUACGAAAUCGACAUCCAGUCGAGUUGAGCCGUCUCCCACCGCCUAUCCAAACGCAACGCGACACCUUUCAUCGCAGCAUCCCGACACGACAAAGCAGCCGAAAGCGACGCUCAUUCCACGACUCGAUCUCCUCCAAUCGCGAGUCCUACAACGAAUUCGACGACGAGAGCGACGAGGAGGAUGGCUAUUUCGGA